AUGACCUCCCUGCAAGAAAAGACAGCUUUCUUCGAUCAGCUGAAGCCGCUCUCUAGCGAUGAUGAGCUUGAUACGGACCAACAAAAAGAAAGGAUGCGCUCUCGGAGGUUCUUCGCUGUCAAAGCACGCCCCAGACCACCAGCAAAGGAAUCUGUCGUGCUUGACCUAACUAACAGUGAAGCUCAAAAGUUGAGAGUGACACCUAGAAGGGUCACUUCACUCCCAACGCCAGCACCUGCUGAUAGAACAAAGAUCAUCAAAGGCACUCCGAUGACUGCCAUCGGCCAAAAGACCAGGCUCGGCACACUCAUGAAUCAACGCAGCGCUGGCGCUAUUCUAGUCGAUGAUACACCUAUCCCUGACUCUACGAGGCAGACACGGAGAACACUCCCUAGGAGCGGGUCUACACCUUUGUUCCCAUCGGGUCGAAAUCUUGGACAAACAGUAGGCGACUCGCCUUCCCCAAGCUUGGCAAUGAAGAAGCGAAAGCGUGAAAGUACCAUCAACCUCAAGCCAGAGAGCGAACAGAUAUUCAAAGGACUCACUUUCCAUUACAUUCCUGAUGACGAUGUUGCACCAGCUCGUCGAUUACGCAUCACAAAGGCGCGCGAGUUUGGUGCAACAUGGGAUAUCGAGAGCGUGUUGAAGAAUACGAACAGAAACCUUCCGCCUAGAGUCGUCAACGAGGAGUACCCAAUCGACUGCAUCCAAUUCAAAUCGCUGCUUCAAUGCAGCCAAAAGAGGUAUCGGCUUACAGGCCAACCGAUAGCCCGGGAAGGAGAUAACUCAUCGCCUGUCCCGUCAAGUUCUGGGAAGCCUAAUGAGUCUUUGCAAGUGAAGCCGCAUCAUAGGAAUUCGAAGAAGUGGGAUUUUGUUCCUCUCACAGGAACACCUGAAAGGAGCGAAGAGUCUCCUCAUAACAGUCAAGUUGCCGAGACUCCUGUCCCGACUGAUUCUCAGCCAGUUGUGCUUGAUCUUCAAGGGAUGGCCUCAUCUCAUUAUGCGGCUAGUGAAAGGCCUACGAUUUCCCGACAAAAUUCCACGAUAAUUGUUCAAGAACCAAGUGGCUCAAUGCAGCACCCAGAUGAGGAUCGCCAUAAGGACGAGCUAUCCGAGUACAUCAAGAUAAUGUCGGAAUAUAAGGACCUGCCAUUAGAUGCGGAUGAUGAUGAUGUCCAGACGGUUACGGAAAUGGGAGACCUGGAAUUUGAAGAACAACCCCUUUCAGGCUCAGAAGAUGAACGAGCCAACAAACGACGGUCACGAAGAAAGAUUAGAUCAGGUCGCAAAGACAUCGCUUUCGAAGAUCGGUUCUCCUGCAACUCCGCCGGAGUAAAAGAUGCCAAGGCGGGGAAUCCAAAUUCGUGCACAAUCGAGGUUCUCCAAUCCAUGGCUGAUUACUAUACUCGGGUGAACGAUCAUUGGCGAACAACCGCCUAUCGAAAAGUUAUCAGCACCCUAAAGCGUCAAGAGACGAAAAUCACAACAGCCGAGGAGGCACAAAGACUACCUAGCGUGGGACCGCGUCUGGCGCAGAAGAUUGCAGAAAUCGUCACUACAGAUAGGCUUCGGCGAUUUGAGUACGCCCAGAAAGAGCCGAUGGACGAGGCACUCCAACUGUUCCUUGGAAUUUAUGGUGUUGGAAACAGUCAGGCCCAGCAAUGGUUGGCUCAAGGAUUUCGGACGUUGGACGACUUGAAAACGAGCGCGAAACUCUCACCAAAUCAGCUCAUAGGCAUCGAGCACUACAAUGAUCUCAACACCAGGAUUCCGCGUCGUGAGAUUGAGGCCUUGGGUGCUAUUGUGAGAAGAAAUGCUCAGCGUGUCGAUGCUCAGGUUGAGUUGAUCAUUGGGGGGAGUUAUCGAAGAGGAGCAGAAACGUCGGGCGAUAUCGAUUUCAUCAUCACCAAGCCGAAUACCGAGUCAUCGGCUGAACUGAGGCCUUUUCUUGAUAGCCUUGUCCAACUUCUUGAAGUCGAAGACUUCCUUGUGGCACGGCUCGCGUCAUCAAGAUCUGUCAGCGACGGAAGUAAAUGGCAUGGAUGCUGUGUGCUCCCUAAGAUCAGUGGUUUCAACGAGGAGCAUUACAGACCCGUGUGGCGCCGCAUUGACUUUCUCCUGGUUCCUGAAUCAGAGAUGGGCGCGGCUCUGAUCUAUUUCACUGGCAAUGACAUCUUUAAUCGCAGCAUGCGAUUGUUGGCUUCCAAGAAAGGAAUGCGACUGAACCAACGGGGUUUAUACAAGGAUGUGAUGCGAGGGCCGCAACGGGUCAAGGUCACGGAGGGAGAGUUAGUCGAAGGACGAAAUGAACGAAAGAUCUUUGAUAUUCUGGGGGUCAAGUGGAGAGAGCCUCAUGAGCGGUGGUGUUAA